GGCAGCUGGAGAGCGGUGUCGCCUCAGGAUCGCGGGUCGCUGCGGAGGCCCCCUAAGUGCAUCUUGGCAUCUCCUCCAGUGCUUCUUCCGGUGCUCUGAGCACCAGCCCACACGUCUAUACUGGAAGUGUGUGCGGUGAACUAGAUGGUGAGCUUGUAACUCAGAAGAACUUGUGGACAACAGAAUUGUUUGUUUUCCCUAGACAUAAUGUCACGUGGAGAUGAUCAGCAAUCGCAGGCUCUUGCCAAACCUACUUUCAGUGACGUACAAGCCUCUGCAUUAGUGGAAUCGGUAUUUGGGUUAAAAGUUUCCAAGAUCCAGCCGCUUCCUAGCUAUGAUGACCAAAACUUUCAUGUGUGCAUUUCAAGUACCAAAGACACUACAGAUGGGCCAACUGAGUACGUUCUCAAAAUAAGCAACACCGAGUCCAGCAAAACUCCAGAGCUGAUUGAAGUGCAGAAUCACGUCACCAUGUUUCUGAGAGCUGCUGGGUUCCCAACAGCCUCUGUGCGUCACACUACGGGAGGCAACCUCACCUGCCUCGUGUCCGUAGAUGGCGGCUCUGGAGUCCCAGGCUACCUGGUGAGGCUGCUGUCGUACCUCCCGGGAAGACCCGUUGCCGAGAUCCCCAGCAGCCCCCAGCUGCUGUAUGAGAUUGGGAGGCUCGCUGGCAAACUGGAUGAGACCCUGCAGAAAUUCCAUCACCCACAGUUAAGUAGUCUUCAUCGGGAGAACUUCAUUUGGAAUCUGAAAAACGUUCCUCUUCUGGAGAAAUAUCUGGAUGCCUUGGGCCAGAACCGAAACCGGGAGAUUGUCGUACAGGUCAUUCAGCUGUUCAAGGAUGAAAUCCUGACCAAACUAAGUCAUUUUCGAGAGUGUAUCAAUCAUGGAGAUCUUAAUGACCAUAAUAUUUUAGUGGAGUCCAGCAAGUCAGCCUUUGGAGAUGCCAUAUAUCGAGUGUCUGGGAUUUUGGACUUCGGCGACAUGAGCUAUGGCUACUAUGUGUUUGAAGCGGCCAUCACCAUCAUGUACAUGAUGAUUGAGAGCAAGAGUCCCGUACACGUGGGAGGUCACGUCCUUGCGGGGUUUGAGAGCGUCAUCCCACUGACGCCCGUAGAGAGGAGCGCCUUGUUUCUACUCGUGUGCGGUCGCUUUUGCCAGUCCCUCGUCAUCGCUGCGUACUCUUGCCAGCUACAUCCAGAGAACAAAGACUAUCUCAUGACUACCGCGAAAACCGGGUGGAAGCACUUGCAGCAGAUGUUUGACAUGGGCCAGAAGGCUGUGGAAGAAAUCUGGUUUGAAACUGCCAGGUCCUACGACUCUGGGGUCUCCAUGUGACCUGGGAACCUUCACAUGAACUCCGAUCAUGAAAAACCCAAGGCGACCAAAUCUAAUUCUACCCAGGAUUUCCCUGCACAGUGAGAAAUGAACUGAUGGAACAGGCCAGUGCCCGUGAAACCACAAAGGCCUUCAAGCAAUCUCACGACCGCUCUUUAAAUUUACGCAAGUGCCCCCUGAGCAGGCGCGUCUCUCUGGGGGUCCAGCUUGCCUCGUGUAUAAAACAUGCAGAAGGAUGUUUGGAGUCAGAUCGUCUCUCAAGGACUGUUCCAGCCCUGAGCUGAGUCCCUGUGCUAAACUUUGAAAGGAACACACGUGUAUGGAUAGAUUCACAUAUUUUAAAAAUUGGGCGUAUAACGGGCACCUGGAUAACACAGCACAAAUUCUGUGAAGCCUCCUCCCGUCGCUCCAUUUCUCUAGAACCCCACUGUUCUUGUCUUCGUUAUGGCACGUCACUUGGUAUCAUGGAGUAUGUCAGUAGCCUAGGAGGGCAGAGACUACAUCAAACUAUUUUUUCGUCUCUCAUCCCUUUUUUUUUUAUACCUGAUACAGCGCUUUCCCCCUGGUUUCAAAGGAUGUUUGCAAAAUUAAAGUAUGCUAAGAGAAAGGUGUGAGAAGAUAAGGCACAGACUAAGAUACAGACAGUGUUCAUAAGAAAAAGUGUUAAUGUGCUUGAGAGGGCAGUUGAAACUGGACCUCUAGAGGUGGAUGCUGGAAGACACUGGGCCUGCGAGGAAGCCAAGAAAGACCUCUGGGCAAGGCCCCCAACUCCUGAGUGAGGUACCUAAACAUCACAGUUAGUUUUCAGAUUGACACUAAGAAAGUCUCUAAGCAGAUAUUUUAAAAUCGCUCUCAUUUAUGGUUCUUUUCAUAUGAGUAUGUAAUGUUGGUGAACCGUAGCUCACCGUGUACUUGACGUUCAUUAUACUUCUGUUUCCUUCGCUGAUUUCUCUUCAUGUCUCCCUUCGUAUGAUUUAUUAAAUGGCUCUUGACUUA